AUGGAGGCCCUGCAGAGGCAGCAGGCAGCUCGGCUGGCCCAGGGGGUGGGGCCAUUGGCCCCUGCACACCCACUGCUGCCACCACGGCCUCCUCUGCCUGGCCCUCGGACCCUGCAGGCCCCUGAGAGGGCCUUGAGGGAGGUUGGGACUGAGGAAGAAGAGGAUGCUGCGGAAGAGGAUGAGGAAGAGGAGGAAGCUAGGGCAGAGGAGGAGGCAGCUGAAGAGUGUCAUCCAGAGGCCCAGGGCACCAGCUCACCUUCCAGCCAGCCCCCAGGACCCCAGCCCCAUGAGUGGACCUAUGAAGAACAGUUCAAACAGCUGUAUGAGCUCGAUGCAGACCCCAAGAGGAAGGAAUUUCUGGAUGACCUGUUUAGCUUCAUGCAGAAGAGGGGAACGCCGGUGAACCGCGUGCCCAUCAUGGCGAAGCAGGUGCUGGACCUGUACGCGCUGUUUCGCCUGGUGACCGCCAAGGGCGGCCUGGUGGAAGUCAUCAACCGAAAAGUGUGGCGGGAAGUCACGCGUGGCCUCAGUCUGCCCACCACCAUCACCUCUGCCGCCUUCACUCUCCGCACCCAGUACAUGAAGUAUCUGUACCCGUACGAGUGCGAGACGCGAGCGCUCAGCUCUCCCGGGGAGCUUCAGGCUGCGAUAGACAGCAAUCGCCGCGAGGGCCGCCGCCAAGCUUACACCGCCGCCCCGCUCUUCGGCUUGGUGGCGCCGACCUCUCGGGGCGCUCUGGGCUGCGCCACAGGCUCUGGUCCCGCCCCGCCGGAGCCGCAGCCGGGCCCCGGCCACGCUCCGGGCCCAGCCUCCCGCCUGCCGGCGCACGCUUGCGCCCAGCUGAGCCCGAACCCGGUUAAGAAAGAGGAGAGCAGAAUUCCAACCCCUCGUCUGACACUGCCUGUGGGUCUGGCCUUGGGACCUGCACGGGAGAAGUUGGCACCAGAGGAGCCCCCAGAGAAAAGGGCUGUGCUGAUGGGGCCCAUGGACCCACCUCAACCUGGCUUACCCCCCAGUUUCCUGCCCCGUGGCAAGAUUCCCCUCAGGGAAGAGCGUAUGGAUGGGCCUCUCAAUCUGGCAGGCAGUGGCAUCAGCAGUAUCAACAUGGCCCUAGAGAUCAACGGGGUGGUCUACACUGGCGUACUGUUUGCUCGACGCCAGCCUGUGCCAACUUCCCAGGGUCCAACAAACUCUGCACCCCUGUCCUCUACAGGGCCCCCUUCCAGCACCUUGCCCUGAGAGUGCCUGCUCUAAACAGUCCCAGGCCCAUUGCUGAGGGGGGAAGAGACCCCACCUCUGCCGUGCACCUCGAUUCUUGCUGGGUACCCAUUCUGGGACCCAGCUCUUAGAGUUGAUCCACCCCACCGCCAUGCCAAAGGGUUUUCUUUUGAUGUUCCAACUACCUCAUUGUAAAAGGAGGACACCUCCUUCCUGGCAAAUUCCAGCAGCAUCUACCAAAGAGUUCUUCCCUCAU